ACUAAAAAGAAAAGAAAAACCGAAGUAAGUUAUUACUGGUUAUUAAUAUUAAUUUCCCAUUUUUGGCCUUCACGAUUGGACUGAAGUUGCUCGAACCUCUUCUUGCCUUAUAUCAGAUCUGACCUUUGAUUUUUAGCUUCAUUUCCAUUUUACCUCGUCUUCUACUGUUUAAGAUUAGAAUUGAAGAAUGGGAGCUGCAGAGAAGAGUUUUGAUAUGGAGGAAGGAACUCUAGAGAUUGGCAUGGAGUAUAGAACUGUGUCUGGUGUUGCUGGUCCUUUGGUUAUCCUCGACAAAGUGAAGGGUCCAAAAUAUCAGGAGAUUGUCAAUAUUAGAUUGGGAGACGGAACAACUCGCCGUGGCCAAGUCUUAGAAGUUGAUGGCGAGAAAGCUGUUGUCCAGGUGUUUGAAGGAACAUCUGGAAUUGACAACAAAUACACUACUGUCCAAUUCACAGGAGAGGUUUUGAAAACACCUGUAUCUUUGGAUAUGCUUGGGCGCAUAUUUAAUGGUUCUGGAAAACCUAUUGAUAAUGGUCCUCCAAUUUUGCCUGAGGCUUACUUAGAUAUAUCUGGAAGCUCCAUAAACCCCAGUGAGAGAACUUAUCCUGAAGAGAUGAUACAGACAGGGAUAUCUACCAUUGAUGUCAUGAACUCUAUUGCUCGUGGUCAGAAGAUUCCACUUUUUUCUGCUGCUGGUCUUCCUCACAAUGAAAUAGCUGCUCAAAUUUGUCGCCAAGCUGGUCUUGUGAAGAGGCUCGAAAAAUCAGGAAAUCUCAUGGAGGAUGAUGUAGAGGACAAUUUUGCCAUUGUAUUUGCAGCCAUGGGUGUAAACAUGGAGACAGCCCAAUUUUUCAAGCGUGAUUUUGAGGAAAAUGGAUCAAUGGAGAGAGUGACUCUUUUCUUAAACUUGGCCAAUGAUCCCACCAUUGAGCGUAUUAUCACCCCUCGAAUUGCCCUUACAACUGCAGAAUAUUUGGCUUAUGAAUGUGGGAAGCAUGUUCUGGUCAUACUAACUGAUAUGAGUUCUUAUGCUGAUGCUCUUCGUGAGGUAUCUGCUGCCCGAGAGGAAGUGCCCGGAAGGCGUGGAUAUCCUGGGUAUAUGUACACUGAUCUGGCAACAAUUUAUGAGCGCGCAGGGCGUAUUGAAGGGCGAAAGGGCUCAAUCACUCAAAUUCCAAUUUUGACAAUGCCUAAUGAUGAUAUCACUCACCCUACACCAGAUCUUACCGGUUAUAUCACUGAGGGUCAAAUAUACAUUGAUAGGCAACUUCACAAUCGGCAGAUUUACCCCCCUAUUAAUGUGCUGCCAUCACUCUCGCGAUUAAUGAAGAGUGCAAUUGGCGAGGGAAUGACUCGUCGAGACCAUUCUGAUGUGUCCAAUCAGUUAUAUGCAAAUUAUGCUAUCGGAAAAGAUGUCCAGGCAAUGAAAGCUGUGGUUGGAGAGGAAGCACUUUCUUCUGAGGAUUUGCUUUAUCUAGAGUUUCUGGAUAAAUUUGAGAGAAAAUUUGUGACGCAAGGAGCAUAUGACACCCGCAACAUCUUCCAGUCACUUGAUCUGGCAUGGACACUACUUCGUAUCUUCCCUCGUGAGCUUCUCCACCGAAUUCCAGCAAAGACACUGGAUCAGUACUACAGUCGUGAUGCAACAAACUAAACUCUGAUGAUUCAAGCGGUUGCUCCCUUAACUUGUCCAUUUUCCAUAAGCGGGCAUGAAUUGUGUGCUUCUAUUUUAAUCCGAGUUUUACGCCUGGGCCAUUUCUCUCUGCAAAAAGUGGUAUGGCUUCUCAACAGGAGUGCCUUGAGCUGUUUGCCUAGUUUUAUAGUUACAUGGAAAUUCUUUGGUUAGAGGACUCCAAAGCUUCUGUAAGGACUGCAUCUUUCACUCUCUUUUUUUCUUUUUAGUUAAUUCCUUUUUUCUGCACUCCUGCCUGGUGAAAAUUAUAGGAAGUUUGCUAGAAACGAGAAGCCCUUUGUAUCAAACUUUACAUAUCCCCACCUUGAAUUAAAAUAAUACAUGUGAAUCA